AUGUCUCAAGAUUACGCCUCGUCUCUAUCUCCAUACCACGAUAAAGGGAUCCUUGGUCUACCAGAAAUUCACGACCCAGCAUCCUUCUUUGAACAGAAAGUUGAAGUUCUAACCGAUCUUCUGCGAAACUCUCGACACACAGUUGUCCACACGGGUGCUGGUCUCAGCACAUCUGCCGGUAUUCCAGAUUUUCGUGGGCCCAAUGGUGUUUGGAGUCUUGAAAAGCAAGGGAAGAAGCUAUCAAAGACCAAAUCUUUCGUUGAAGCUAGACCUACUAUCGGUCAUAUGGCGCUUGUUGCUUUAGAACGAGCUGGUUACAUCCACUAUGUUAUCACUCAGAACAUUGAUGGACUGCAUUUACGUUCCGGGUUUCCACGCAAUCGUCUCUCAAUCCUCCAUGGCGACGCUUUCAUGGAAUAUUGUGCAUCUUGUGGUGCAACUUAUAUUCGCUCUACCACAGCAGUCCCUACUUUCGGGCAAAAAGAAACUGGAGCAAAAUGUACAAAACUGAAGACCAGGUUUAGGAGUUGUGGAGGAAAACUUAAGGAUUCCGUACUGGAUUGGGAAGAUACCUUAAUAGAACCAGAUUUUACAAAUGCUAUCAACGAAUCUAAAAACGCGACUCUUCACUUGUGUCUGGGGCUCUCACCUAACUUACUGCCCUCAGCCCUGCUCCCCUUCAAUGUCGACUCAAUGGCUACCCAUCGAGCACUCCUCUCCCAUCUUGCAAAGCUCGAGGAUAUCGCCAUCGACCUUGAUGAAACAGCAAGCGCAGAUAAUAGUUUGAUUAAAUCAAGUUCCCUCGAUAACCUUGAUCGUCUAAUCACAGCGCCCUUCCACCUCACAGACCAAGAAGUAGAUGAAUUUUUCCUUAUGUAUAUGGCAUCUGAUGCCCGUUUAGCGAAUUGCGCGGAAGCCUUAAGCAAUAUUUACCUGUCUCCACCUCAGGGUAUCACCAAACACUUCAAGUGGACUCGAAAGGUCAAUUCUUUCUCGUCUCCGUCACUAACGAAAGCUAAGAGCGAGCGAAGGGGUUUACGGAGGAAAGCUCAGUUGCAUGUCUGCCUUGGAUCAUCUCUUCAAAUCUUUCCCGCAGCUGAACUCCCCUUCCCAAAGCCUAAACGCAAUUGCUCCACUCCCGUAACGGCGGAAUCGAAACGUAAACGAAAGCGUCUAGAUAGUGAGAAAGGUGCCAACGGCAUUACUUCUGAAUCUCUUGCAACAACGGCAUCAUCACAUCAACAACAACCUAAACAAAGGGCGGUUAUUGUCAACCUUCAGGCUACAAAAUUUGAUGGCAUGGCUGAGUUCUGCAUGCGCACGGAAAUAGAUCGUGUAUUAGCGCGUGUCUGUAAGAAUCUUGGGGUGAAAAUACCGAAAAUUGAAGAGGUGAAUUCAAAUGGCCCUUUUAUACCAAAGAUGGUCUUGAGAUCAAUGCAUACACAAGAAUCAGAGCCAUUUCCCUGGACUAUUCUUUCUCACCCAGAGAAUACAAUUUCACCAUUUUUUGAUGAUGGUGACAAUGAACAAGAAAGUGUCAUCAAAAUGGAGAAAUCCGAAAAUAGGAAGGAAAGCGAGCCAAAUGAGGAUUCCUCGAUUAAGAAAGAAUUAGAAGAUGGCUCUUGA